UCAUGACGUCAGCUCUUCCGGGAUCUCCCAGGCUGAGUUGUGUUGUCGAGAGGAUAAAGAUAGUCGCGGUUUAUUCUUUUAUUUUAAGCGGAUUAUUUGAAGCAGUGUCGAGAUGAAUCGCAUCUUUGGACGAGGAAAAGCAAAAGGACCGCCACCGAACCUCUCGGACUGUAUUUCAACUGUUGACGGUCGAGCAGAGUCCGUGGAUAAGAAGAUAGCCAGACUUGAUGCAGAACUGAUGAAAUAUAAAGAUCAGAUGAAGAAAAUGAGGGAUGGACCAUCAAAGAACAUGGUGAAGCAGAAAGCCAUGCGUGUCCUCAAACAGAAGAGAAUGUAUGAAGGGCAGAAAGAUCAGUUAAUGCAGCAGUCAUUUAACAUGGAGCAGGCGAACUACACCAUCCAAACACUGAAAGACACAAAAACUACGGUGGAUGCAAUGAAAAUUGGAGCCAAAGAAAUGAAGAAAGCUUACAAGAAUGUUAAAAUUGAUAAGAUUGAGGAUCUACAGGAUCAGCUGGAGGACAUGAUGGAAGACGCAAACGAAGUUCAGGAGGCUCUCAGUCGCAGUUAUGGGACACCAGACAUCGAUGAAGAUGACCUGGCGGCCGAGCUGGAUGCGCUUGGCGAUGAGCUCUUAUUGGAUGAUGAUAACUCAUAUUUGGAUGAAGCCUCCUCAGCUCCAGCUAUACCUGAGGGUGUGCCGGGAGAUAGGAGUACUAACCGGGAUGGAGUACUGGUGGACGAAUUCGGCCUUCCUCAGAUUCCAGCUACAUAAAAAACAAACUGACGUUAAACAACUCCAAACACUCAAAAGACUUUAUCUACACAAAUAUCUACAUGUGUACUUUGCAAAAAUACUCUGGGACAGAGCUAGUGACUUAAACAAUCUUGCCUGCAAUCUCAAUCUUGUACUUUAGAUUAUAAUCUUUUAUAGCUUCAUGAGGUUUGUAUCUUUCAUAAUGAAUCACUGGGGUGUGCUGUGCUUUGAUUUUUUUUCAUUAGACCUUCUGUUUCCAUCAUUUAUGUUGUUUCUAAAGUAUUUACACCGGUAGUUGGUUACUUUGUACUGCAAUACAGUGUUGCUUACUGAAAGCAAAUAUAAUAAAUUAUUAUAUAUUUGAGAA